GUCCAUUUUUACCUCUCUCUUUCACUACUUUGUACUGUAAAUAGUUGAGCUCUUCAAACUCGCGCCAUUUUGGUUUGUGGCAUCAGUUUUAAGCUUUGGAUCUUCAAAAUAACCUCUACAAAGACUCUUCUGAAUCGAAAUGGCAGGAGGUAAAGCUGGUAAAGAUGCCAAAGUAAAGGCGAAAGCAGUGUCAAGGUCAACAAGAGCAGGACUUCAGUUCCCUGUGGGUAGGAUCCAUCGUCACUUGAAGGAACGCUCCACCAGUCAUGGUAGAGUUGGUGCCACUGCAGCAGUGUACAGUGCAGCUAUCCUCGAAUAUCUCACUGCUGAGGUGCUAGAGUUGGCAGGUAACUGCUCAAAAGAUUUGAAAGUAAAGAGAAUUACUCCCCGACAUUUGCAACUGGCCAUUCGCGGUGACGAAGAAUUGGACUCUCUGAUCAAAGCCACCAUUGCUGGUGGAGGUGUUAUCCCGUACAUCCACAAGAGUCUUGUCGCCAAAAAGCAAACAAAGCAACAGUGAACUCCGACCACUUGACCACUGAACCUCUUAUAUGUGCAUGUACCUAGCUACACUCCUAGUAUUUUACACCCUUUGAUAGUACACGCUCGUCUCUUUGUACCAUUUUGAUGUUUGUAGCCUUGUAGCUAGUGGUUAUACCCCAGUACAUUACUUUCAAUUAAACAUGGCUAUUAUUGCAUAACACAUUUUUUGUAAAUUAUUAUGCUAAUUAUAAUUACGGCUUAUAAAUUGUACAUACCAGUAA